AUGUCCGCUGGAUCUCGCGUUAUUCUUCUCUCUACGACACUAACUGUUGCUUCAACUGUCACAGCGAACUAUCUCCUCUACAACGCCUCCAAAGGAGCCAUUGAGCAGAUGGCACGCGUGAUGUCUAAAGAGUUAGCUCCCAAAGGCAUCAUGGUUAAUGCUGUAGCGCCGGAACCUACCGCCACAGAACUGUUCCUGAAGGGGAAGCCAGAGCAAAUGUUGAGGGCGAUUGCAAGUUUGAAUCCACAAGGCAGGCUGGGAGAGCCCGAUGAGAUCGCAGAUGCCAUAGUGUUCCUGAGCGGGAAAGGCAGCCGGUGGAUCACUGGGCAAAGAACACCGGUCAAUGAUGGAAUGGAAUGGCUUAAGGUGCAUGUGUUGGGCUUCUACGAGUAUCGGUUUACGGUUGAAUGGCUCAGGAGGACGCCGGACCCUUGUAUCGACAACUAG